CCUCGAUCAAUGUCAUGCUGGCUGCAAAGACAUACCCAGCUGGUACUAGUAGCCAUUGCAUUGCUGCCAAUGGCAAUGGCAAUGGCCCUGGGGCACGUGAAGGCAGAGCACUGAGCAGCCGCCAUGUCAAUCUCCGUACGCACCACGUACCAAUCAAUCUUGGGUCCGCCUCGCUGUGCAUUUGGGUCGUCUCCCCUGGCUCACAUCUAGACUGCUGGCCUGGCUCCGCCUGAGGUGGAGAGCGGCUGCCCGCCAUGUCCUUGCGCAUGCGCAACUACGAGCUGGAUGAGAGCCGGCUGCUGUUGCAAAGGGAGCCCUGCUUCCACCACCCUUUGCUGCCGCGCGCUGCCCCGCGCCAGGAGGACGGCCCGGCCAAAGCCUGCGCCACUGCAGGCCCUGUUGAGGCAGGCCUGCCCCUCGAUCUCAAUGCUGAAGUUGACGACCCGCUGCGCCACGGCCCUGCAGUGGCCGUCCCCUGGGAGCAGCGCCGCGAGCGCCGGCCCUCCGAUGGUCGCCGCUGGAGCGGGGAGGAGCAGGAGAGGGCGGCCGCGGCCGAGUGGGAGGGCAGGAAGGCGGCCAUCCUGCAGCGCUUCACCGCCUCAGGAUCAAUAGCGGUGACCGCCAGCCUGGACGUGGUCACGCAGCCAGGGCGCGCCCGCCUGAGCGCGGCGCAGCGGCUAGAGCAGCUGGAGCACCCCCAGCGCGCGGGGCAGGAGGCGUCGCGCCAGGUGGCGGUGGCGGACGUGGUGGCACGCCUGCGCGAGCUCAACGCCGACCUGAGCAGCGCUUGGGUUGCAGCGGAGCGCCUCACUGCGCUGCGCCUCGCCAUUAAGGUGGCGCGCCUGCUGCUGGACGUGAGUGUGCCGCACUUCUACCCCACCCUCUUUGUGCUGGUCACCGACUGCCUCGACACGGUGGGUGGCCUCGUGUGGACGCGGAUCGUGCGUAAGGCGGAGGAGGGAGACACUCCCACAGGACCCCCGAAGCGGCUGCCAGCUGGCUUCACGUGGCGGGACGUGCCCGCGGCUGCGCAGGAGACGUGCCGCAACUGGUUCCACAAGGUGGGGGCCAUCCCCGAGCUGCUGCCCCGCCUCUACUUGGAGCUGGCGCUGCUGCGCUGCUACCACUUCCUGGAGCCAGCCCCCCCCGCGGCGACCCUCGCGCGCCUGUCCGCCAUGAUGCGCGGCCUCACCCACCCCCUCGCGGCCGCGUACGCCCACCUGUACCUGGUCAGGAGGACUGCCGCGGUGGCCCCCACAGAGAAGGCCCCGUUGGUGUCCGGCCUGCGUGACCGCCUGCUGCAGUACCGCAGCGUGCUGGCGGGCCACCACGACCCCGCCCUGCAGCGCAGCGCCCUCUCGCGUGCCGCGUACCUGCAGCUGCUGGACCCCCCCCUCGAGAUCACCAUCCAGGCACUGCUCAAGGACGCGCCCCCCGCACAGCUGCCGGGCCUGCUUGCCUCGCUGGCCUGCCUGGCCCCCUCUCAAGGCGGCCCCCCCGUUGCGCUCCCCCCUGCCGCUGUGGUCCUGCAUCUGGUGGCCCACCUGCCCGGCCCCUUUGUGGCGGCCCAGGCGCUGCCCCUCACGCGCCUCGUUGCCGCCACCAGCGACGCCUCCGCCAAGCAGGCCGCGCUCUUCUGUGCGCUGGGCCGCCAGCUGGCGGAGCACCCGCCUCCCCGCGACCAGCAGGCGGCCGUCCUGAACGACACCUGGAAGGUGGUGGCCCGCUUCUCGGACCUGGGGGACUACUUGGCGGUGGCGGACGUCAUGCUGCCCUUCGUGCUGCGCCACUUCGGGCUGCCCGAGGUGGAGGUCCUCUUGCGCGACAUUGCGCGCCACCUGCGCGGGCCGCCCCCUCCCCCCGCGGCGCUGGCCUCCCUGGAGCACCUCCUGGACACACUGCUCGCCGGCCCCGCCCCCCUGCCGCACCUCCUCGCCCUGCCCCAGGUGGGGGCGGUGCUGGCCGCCUUCGACGGGGACCGCCGCCUCUCCGCCUCGCGCUGCGUCCUGGAGGCGGCCAUCAACUGGCCCGCCCCCCUGACGGACCCUGCGUGCCUGCCGCCCCUCCUGGCCGCCGCGCGCGCCCUGCACGACGCGGUGGACCCGACCGUCCCGCCUGCUGCGCGUGCUGCCCCCGCCCGCCUGCUCUGCCGCCUCAUUCCCAAGGUCGCCUUCCGUAAUGACACGGAGCGGCAGCUUGCGUUCCUGGGGGACUGCCGGGCAGCCUUCUGCAACCUGGACGUGCAGGGCCCCUUGGUGCAUACGGCGCUGCGCCUGGCAGUGACCUCCCAGCGGGCGGGCGCGCCGCGCGACCUGGUGCGCGCCUGCCUCGCCUUCUGCGCGGUUACCCUGUCGGCGGUGGCCGCCCCGCUGCCGCGCCUGCAUCUUGCGCUCGCCACUGCCGAGGUGGCGGGCUCUGCGGGCGCGCUCGCCCACGCGGAAGGGGCUCUGCGUGCGGCCAUUGAUGCCUUGCCCGAGGUGGCGCGGUGGGGGCAAGACGCUGCCACUGCCGCGGCCGCGCCUCCGCCUUGUUCAACUCCUGACGCGGCCCUGGAGGCGGCUGUGCGCAAGCUGGCCAAUCUGGUGCUGCGCAUCCCCGCGUCCCUCGAUUCAGGUCCCUUGGCUCUGCUGCACCGCCUGCGCGCUGCGCUGGAGACCCUCUCAGGCUUCUCCCCCGUAGCCACUGCGGCUGUGCUGCUCCCCGUGCUGGCCGCCCUGGCGCAGCCCCGCCUGCCGGCGCCCCUCCCCGGCCUGCCCGCCCCUGCCGCCGCCUACUGCGGGGAGCCCGCGUACGCGGCCGACCUUGCGAGCCUGGCCGCCAGCGUGACUGCGGCAGCCAUCACGGCAGCCCACGCGGGAGAAGCACGGGCACGCGUAGGGCCGCCGCUGGGGCCCGUGCUGCGGCUGGUGUUCCAGCCCGGGGAUGACCUCGCCCGCAUGUGCGCGCAACUCUGAGGGCGAGCAACGGCCAACCGUAGCCACCAACCACCGAGUCGGAAGAGCCAUACGAUUGGGGCGGAUACACGGGAGAACUUCUGUGGCAGAACAUCAUGCAGCCACAGUCCUUCUUCGACGUCUGCGGUUCAAGUAUAUCAUGAAUGUUGAGGCGGGCUUCAGAGUAAGCAUAAGGGUGCGCGUCGACCGAAAAGUUGCAGAAAGCUUUCCAGAUUUCUUAGCCAAUCGGGUGGCUUUUCAGAUCCACGUGGUAAUUACGGUACAUACCAGAGGAGUGAUAUAGCUCGACAAGUACCGUACCUCCUACCUAACGGUACUACAAAGGCAACACUGGAGGCCAAGUAGAUUUUUGGUCGACGCGCAACCUAACCUGUCGAGAAUAUGUGGACAACAAGCUGCAUUUACCUAUGUACAUUGCUCUAUGACAUGCUCGUUGCAGUUUCGUUGAUGAUUAAUCGG